AUGAUUGGGCUCAACCACGGGUAUAACAAACUUCUCACCCAGCUCGAUGCUUAUUUAGCCGGAAGGAUUGUCUCAGUGACAACAUACAUCGCUCGACUAAUUUUUGCCGGCUUUGUGUUGCAGGGCUCUGCCGACUCGAACUAUUCACAUCCCUCGUCCGAUCUCUCACUGGACGAGGACAGAGAGACCGUGCGGCGAGAGACAGAGCGGCAGGCACUGGCGCAGCUGGAGAAGGCACGGACGAAGCCGGUGGCGUUCGCCGUGAGAACAAACAUCGCUUACGAUGGCAGCCUGGACGACGACUCUCCCGUGCACGGCUCGGCUAUCUCGUUCGACAUCAAGGACUUCCUACACAUCAAGGAGAAGUACGACAACAACUGGUGGAUCGGCCGGCUAGUCAAGGAAGGCGCCGAGGUGGGCUUCAUCCCUUCGCCGGCCAAGCUGGAGACGCUGCGACUGCAGCAGGCGGGCAGCACCCGCAGCCAGGCGCGGCCUCCGCCGGCCGGCGCCGGCAACGACAUGCUCUCCACCAGCUUAGAUGCUGAUCAGAACGGUACGGAGGCCAAUGCGGGGGAAGACUCAGACUCAGUGGGUAAAGGGAAGCCUUCGUUGACCACUCCUCUCGCCAGAGAAAAACGGAAGCCGUUCUUCAAGAAACAGGAGAACCUGGCCCCAUACGAUGUUGUGCCUUCAAUGCGGCCCCUUGUGUUAGUGGGGCCCAGUCUUAAGGGUUACGAGGUCACUGACAUGAUGCAGAAGGCUGUCUUUGACUUCCUCAAAAACAAAUUUGAAGGGAGAAUAAUCAUCACUCGCGUCACUGCUGACAUCUCGAUGGCGAAACGGAAUCUGCUGAACAACCCGUCAAAGCGAGCAAUCCUGGAGCGAACCAGCCCCCGUUCCGCCUGUGUCAGCGAGGUGUCGGCAGAGAUCGAGCGAAUCUUCGAGUACGCUCGAACGCUGCAGCUGGUGGUCCUGGACUGUGAUACUAUUAACCACCCGUCUCAGCUGGCCAAGACGUCCCUAGCACCGAUACUGUGUCACAUAAAAAUCUCCUCACCAAAGGUGCUCCAGCGGCUGAUAAAGUCGCGCGGCAAAUCACAAUCGAAGAACCUGACGGUGCAGAUGGCGGCUGCUGAGAAGCUGGACCAGUGCCCGCCGGAAAUGUUCGACAUCGUGCUGGAUGAGAACCAGCUGGAGGACGCGUGCGGCCACCUGGGCGAGUUCAUGGACUCGUACUGGGCGCGCCCUCAUCCUCCGGUCAAGUCUCCGCCGGCCAGCAUCCAGCGGCCGGUCCCGUCCCCGCACGCCUCGCCGCGGAUGGAGCAUUCUGGCCUGGCGCGGCCAGGCGUCACGCCACCCGUUCACCAUGAAUCUCAGUACGAGAGCUUCGAGGGAGAGGAUCGGGACGUCUACCGGGGCCACCAGGCGCCGCACGAGCGGCGCGAGGAAGACGAGUACGAGGGGGAGGUGACGUACCGGUCCGACCGGAGAGCCCGGCCGGCCCAGCACGGCCACGCCCACCGCCCGGAGCCGUACAGCCCGUCACCACCGCCACAGACCGCCUCGCGACACGCGCUCAACGUGUAGUGGUGUGGCGCCACCGGCCUGUCCCGAGAGGCGAGCGUCGGCGCGGAGACGUACAGUGCGCGGCCGCCAGAGGCGCUCGUGGUCUCCAGCUCGUGGCGCGCCGGCCCCGAACUGAUCGUGAGGUAAAUGCCAUGCAUGCCGGGUCGCUCGCCCUUCUACCAGCGAUUUGGACGCUUUAUCCACUGACGGGUUCUAUUCUUGACCAAAUAUCUUGUUAUUGAAUUAUGCACAAAUGGUCUGUCCCGUGUACAUAGAAGCCAGACGUCAGAUCGGUUCGUUCGUGUUCAACCGCUUUUGCAUCUGCCGUACUUUUUCAAAUUGAUUAGGCUGUCCUCGACCGUCUUGCAUUGUUCUUGUGCAUCGUGUGAUAUUUCUGGGGCUGCUUUAUGUGUCACAGAGUCAGGCGUAUAUUUGGUCGAACGGUGGAAUUGUUAUACAAUCCAUGAGGUCCCCCUUUAAUGCCAUAUAAUAAUACCCUUGCAGCACAGCUUUCUACUCUCCAAGACAGAACUUCUGUGACAUCAUGUACCAUUGACCGUUACUUUUACGGUCUGCCUGGCACAUGUCUUGCAUAUAUUUUGACUGGUUUGCUGUGCCUUGCAUAUUGGCAAGCCAUAGAAGUGAACAUUUGCUCGGCCUACGCUUAGGGAUAUUCGACGCGUGACAUAUGCGCACAUUCACUUACGCAUAUUGUCACGCAAGUUCGCGUCGACACAUCACCGAUGUCACGUCCUGUGUUUCUGGACAUUCUUUGUCUUUUGCUGAAAACCAGCUGAUCUCAACAAAAUCACGUAUGGAAAUGUCGACAUCGGUUAAUCAACAGCGAUUGUAACGGAAGUAACGGCAAAUUUUUUGGAAAAAUCUCCCUCUUUCACGCACAUUUCCAUAGUUUUUAUCUCCAAAAUGCCUAGAGAGGUGCAUCCUAUCAACGUGCGCGCAACUUGAUCGGUAAGCCUUACUCUUGAAGAUAUGUGUGAAAGAUCAAAAGAACGACAGAGCACAAUGCCUUGGCGUUGGCCGGUUGUAAGACGUCCGCCUCUGUACCUUUGCGUGCAACAAAAAAGCCGAGUUUUCAUGGACUCUGUGUCUUUGACUCCUAAAUUUACAUUUGGCUCGCAGUUUUUUUGCUAUAUAUAUAUAUAUAUAUAUAUAUAUAUAUAUAUAUAUAUAUAUAUAUAUAUAUAUAUGCACAUAAAGUAUAUCAGUGCAUUCCUUACAGACUGAAAACUUAUAGCCAUAUGAUAUGACUGCCGACAUAUUACCACCCCAGCUGGGCACCACUGCAAGUAUGGGCGAUAGCCCUUCUCCUCCGUGUUGGUCGCAAAAUGCGUCUGUCAUAAAAACUCAAACUACUUGGCAGCGCCAGUUUGCAGUCAGCUCGGAGAAUCCCCAUGGGUUCUUAUGCGUGAUGUGGUAGUUGCAGGCCCCGAAUCGAUUGAAGAGUAUAAGCUCGGAUACUUAGCGUUUCAUGAUUUAAGACACAGAUUGUGCGGCGUUUGUCACAUAUGUUCACAUUUUAUCCGGAUGAUCUUGGAGGAAUUUGAUACUAGACUUAAGUGGUGUGGAUCUAGCCCAAACAUCGACAUCGUGUUGGCUAAUUACGUUUUCAUCACAAAUUAAACGACGUUAUAGUUAUCCCAAUAGUUCGAUUUCCCAACAUUUGAGUAGCCAGAAACGUCUGCUCUCAUGUUCUGUUUUUCUCUGUGUUUCUUCACUUCCAUUUGCAUCUUUUAUCGCUAUAAAACGUUUUCCGUUUUUUUAUUUGAGGCCCUAAGUUUGCGUGCCGAAAUGGGUCUGUGUAAAGCACUAAUCGACGAUUUACACGACAACCGGGGGUUUCCCAGGCCUCGACGGAUGCUAUUUUGAUGUCCAUUAUUGACUGUUCUUCUCUCUAACUUCAGCUGAUACUUGAAGGUUUGAACCUGUAUGUACUGCUCCCUGUAAGUGGUCCUUAGACUUAUUUGAAUUACGUCUAAAGGCUCUUUUUCUCUCUCUCCAAGUGGGCGCAUGGCCUGAUGGGCCGAUAGCUUCUGAUUCAAAUACUGAAGUUUAGGGACGCCGUGUCCCAUUGGAUGCCUCGUCGACAUGCCUGAAUCCCCAGAUUUUCGUUGAUUCCGUGCCAUGCAAGCGUAUGAACAUCCGGUUGGGGUGCGUUCACCGAGAACGCCUGCGUAACGCGUUCAGAACCGUACCCAAAGCUAAGUAACACAACGUGCGAUGUCCCGUGCUACCCGACCAGGGGCACGUAUGGAACCCUGAAAACGCGAUUGCGGCGACAAGCCCAACGGCUGCCGGACGCGAGCACAGCGGCUGCCGGACGCGAGCACAGCGGCUGCUGAACGCGAGCACAGCGGCUGCUGAACGUGCGCCGCAUCCCAUGUCCACUUGGUUUCAAGAUAAUCAAAACCGGCACGAGCCCGUGUCCACGCUCCUGUUCUCUCCGCGCACGUGGACGUGUCGAGUGUGUGCAUGCCGGCGCUGAUUGUGAUGUUCAUGUACUCUGGGAGUGGCGACCCCUCCCCUCCCACUCAGACCGCAACUCGUCUCAUCUCCAUAACGUCCAUGACGCGGCCAGCGCAGCCCGGGGUAUCAGUUACGAUGCACCUCCACGCUGGUCUCUGUUCGCCGUCUUGAGAUCGCACCUCACCGGUCUCCUGUCUCUCGUUCAGUUGGUUGGGCUGUUUGUAAAUACAACUUUUUAUCAGAG